GGCGGGAGACGCUGUCAGUCGGCGGGGAUGGAGGUGCUGGGGGCGGCGGUGGGGCUCCUGCUGGCGCUGGCCCUCCUGGCUUUCGUGCUGUACUGCUGCUACGUGCAGUACAUCCACGCCAAGUACGACUACAUCCCCGGCGCGCCGCGGGAGAGCUUUUUAUUUGGACACCUGCCAAUCAUAUGGAGAAUGGUGAGGAAACAGGAGUUCACACCAGAUGUCUUGCUGCAGUGGGCAGAGAAAUAUGGACCUGUUGUACGAAUUAAUGCCUUUCACAGAAUCUCAGUAUUGGUUGUGUGUCCUGAAGGAGUGAAGGAGUUCUUGAUGUCACCACAGCACCCAAAGGAUCCAACAGUGUAUGGUAGUCUCUUCAGCCUGUUUGGUGAGAGGUUUCUAGGGAAUAGCUUGGUAACUGUUUGCAACCAUGAGCACUGGCACAAGCAGCGGAGGAUAAUGGAUCCAGCCUUCAGCCGAAGCUACCUGAUUGGUCUGAUGGAAACUUUUAAUGAAAAAGCAGAGGAGCUGAUGGAGAAGCUGGAGAAAAAGGCAGAUGGAAAAACAGAGUUUAGCAUGCUGUCGAUGAUGAGCCGGGUGACCAUGGAUGUCAUUGGAAAGGCAGCCUUUGGCCUGGAAUUGAAUGCCCUGAGUGAUGACCAGACAGCUUUACCCAACGCUGUGACUAAGAUCAUGGAGGGACUGAACAAGGCACGCGACCCCUUCAUAAGGUUCAUGCCAGGAAAGCAGAAGAUGCUAAGGGAGACCAGGGAGAGUGUGAGGCUGUUGAGACGUGUGGGGAAGCAGUGCAUUGACCAGAGGAGAGAAGCCAUCCAGAAUGGGAAAGAAGCCUCAACGGAUAUUCUUACACAGAUACUCAAAGGAGAUGCUCUGGAGGAGACUAGAGAUGAUGAAAACAUUCUGGAUAACUUCAUGACUUUCUUUGUUGCAGGUCAUGAAACCAGUGCCAAUCAGAUGACAUUUACAGUAAUGGCACUGGGCCAGCAUCCUGAAAUACUGGAAAGGGCUCAGGCUGAAGUGGAUGAGGUUCUUGGUGCCAAGAGAGAUGUUGACUAUGAGGACCUUGGCAAGCUCACCUACUUAUCCCAGGUUCUGAAGGAGUCGCUGCGGCUGUACCCACCUGUCUCAGGGACACUCCGCAGGCUGGAGAAGGAGCACGUCAUCAAUGGCAUCAAAAUUCCUGCCAACACCACGGUCUUUCUCAACACUUAUGUGAUGGGAAGGAUGGAAAAGUUUUUCAAGGAUCCACUUACUUUUGAUCCAGAGCGAUUCAGCAAAGAUGCACCUAAGCCAUAUUACUGCUAUUUCCCAUUCUCUCUGGGACCCCGAUCCUGCAUCGGGCAGGUGUUUGCACAGAUGGAAGUAAAAGUGGUGAUGGCAAAGCUGCUGCAGAGGUUUGAAAUACAGCUGGUGCCAGGACAGAAUUUUCGACUCAUCGAGGCUGGAACCUUAAAGCCACUAGAUGGAGUAAUUUGUAAAUUAAAGCCAAGGAGCUCUGCAAGACGCUGCCAGGCAUGAGUGCUCAGGGAGGGAGCGUGGCAUGCUGCUGGUAGUGGUUCUUCUGAUUUUGAAAAUCUUGGCACUAAUCAAAGGUUGGAUUUUGUAGAGGACUACUAGACUGAAAUUAUUUCUAAACUUCCUUAUAAUUUACUGAAGAAAACCUAGCUCAUGGUUUCCACUAAGCUUAUAUCCAACACAGCAUGGUCUAAGUAAGCCCUUGUUUGGGGAGUUUCUUUCUUACACAAUGAAAUCAGAAAAGAGUAGAGCAUAGACAUGGGCUGAAUUGAGGAAGAGAUGUUUGGAGAUAGUCUCUUGGUCAAAGCAAUUUUUCUAUCCCUGCUCCAAAUGUGAAUAACAAUUGAUAGGAACAAUCUGGAAAAAAACUCAAAAAAUCAGAGUCUGAGGCCACUACUUUUUCCUUGUGCUACUGCCUGAUUUUUAUUCAAUCUCUUCUGCUUUUCUUUUGAUAUUAUGAAAAGCAUAGAUUCCCAGUCCACACUGUAGAAAGGGAGUAUCCUGCUUCCUCCUGCCCCUCCACACAGCUGGUGCUCAUUCUUCUGAGACACUCUUCUUUGUGAGGAAAGUCUUGCUGUGUUUAUUUUAACCUGGAUUUUCCCCAUAUUUUUUGCCACAAAGCUACAGUAACAGUUAAACCAGAUGGUCUAGCAGGUACAGGAGGGCUGCAAAUAAGUGCCUGAACUAAAUGCUGCUUAAAAUGGUGUUGCCACUGAAGAAAUGUGUCUGCAAUUUGAGCCAGAGACAGGAAGGUCCUGCACCCCCUUGUGCUGCAGAUGUGCCUGAAGAUGUGUCUGUGAACACUGCAUGUAGGCUUGCAGCCAGGCCCUGCUAGGGAGAAAAAACACUAUCAUUUGAAAAUGCUGCCUUCCAGAAAUGUGCAUACCUAAUAGGAGUUGGACCUCCUCUAUCAUGAAAUACAGAGAAUUAAAGGCAUUUGAUGCUUCCA